GAAGGGGGAGGGGAGAGAGAAAGACAGGAGAGGAGACAGGAGAGAAGAGAGGAGAGGGGGAACGGGAGUGGAGAGGAGGGAAAGGAGAGUAGAGAGGGAAAUGAGGUAGAGGGGAGAAGGGAGAGAGAUGAGGGAGAAACAAUAAACUCCUGAACAAGAGGAAGGUUCUAAAUGACAGAAAAGAGAUGGUGGGGAGGAAAAGGGCAGAGAACUGUCGCUAGUGGCGGGUGGGUUACUUGAAGGGGUUGGAAAACCUAGAAAGGACGGUGACCUCAGGGUGUGUGGAAACAGAAUCUAGCCUUUAGUAAUCUGCACCCUACCAGACUGUCCCAAGCCACAGAGGGAGAAGGGGCAUCCGCGGGAGGGAGGGGAAGGAGACAACGGGGGAGGGCUCCAGAGCACAAGCUCAAUCUCUCUAUCAGCAUCCAGCCAGGUAACUGGCUGGCCCAGGGGCUGCCUGGUGCAGCACGAAACGCCCUGCCACGGACCUUCGCACCACCCCCUUUGCUCUAGUCUCGCCUCCCUCCGGCCCCCUCCCAGUUCAUUUCGCCCUUACAGCCUGCACCCCGCCGUCUUCCCCAGACUUCGAAAUCCCUGCCAGUCCCUCUUUGCUCCCUCCUCCCGAGUGCGGAUCGGGGGGCGAGGUGCAGGACCCCUUCCUCUCCGCUGCCUCAUCCUCACCCCUGCAAACACUUCUUCUCUCCCCUCCCACCCGCUAUGACCUGCGGGCAGUGCUAGCUUUUCGGACAUGCUGGUGGGAAGCGGUCAGGCCGGAAUGAAGCGGCCGGCAGAGGGCUGGGACCGCAGCCGGGUUCGCGAGAGAUUGCAUGCAGCUCUGGCCGGCCUCCAGGAGCUCCAGGUGCUGCGGGACAAGCAGCAGGCGCUGGUGAGCGGGGCUCUAGCCAUGCAGCCUGCCGCGCCGCCGCCGCCACCACCGCCGCCGCAGUCGGAGCCGCAGCCGCCGGUUCCUCGCCCGCCUUGGCUCCCACAUCUGCUGCCCUCAGUUCUCCCUGCCGGCGACUCGCACAGCAAGGAGCAUAGGCUCGAAGCCACACUCACUGCUCUUAAGGAACAACUGUCCCGUUUAAGGAGACAAGAUGUUGGCCUGAAAACUCAUUUGGAUCAACUGGACCAACAGAUAAGUGAACUGAAAUUGGAUGUAAACAAGACUUCCAGUGAAAACCUUGAUAGUGACAGCAGGCCCAGUUCAGGCUUUUAUGACCUGAGUGAUGGUGGUUCCUGUUCUUUAUCCAACUCCUGCACAUCCGUCUACAGUGAGUCCAUCUCCUCCUCUCAUAGCAGCCUGCUUCCUGGCAUCCAGACCCCUAAAGUCAGGCUCAGUAUCUUCGACUACCGUCCCAAGUCAGCUGAUGAGACCACAGUGCACAGUGCCCACCUCCAACCUCAGAGAAUACCUGUCAGUGAGGGUUGUUGGAUCAAGGGCAGCCCAGAGAGCGAAGGUGAAACUUUGGCCAAGCUCAAGCCAAGGCCAGUUUCCACAGGUGACCUUGAAAGAAUUGUGCCUGCUGAUGGAGGUCUUCAGAAGACAAUCACUGAUCCUAAGUCUGUGUCACCCCUUUGUCAUGGAACAGAAAUCCUGUUCCAUGUGGUAGACCCUAAGUAUCAGAGUGACUUGGUCUCCAAGAGUGGCAAUGACAUAUACCCUUACCCAAGUCCUCUGCAUGCAGUGGCCUUGCAGAGCCCCCUGUUUUCUUUGACUAGAGAAACCCUAGAGACUAAUAACCACUUGCCCCUUUCUAAACCCAGCCUGAAUAUGUCAGGUCCCAGCUUAAUCAGGACUAAACCAAUUGUUGAGGUUCCCCCUCCUGGCGGCUAUAUUGACAAGUUACUCCAGCUGACCCGAGACCGAGGGAAAUACACAGGUGGCAGUGUGAGUGAGAGGGGUUCAGUUAAAGGGUCACUGCCUCCAUCCCAGCAGAGACUCAGUAUUACUUCCGGUAUCAGUGGGCUGAGAGGGAACAGUGACAGUCAGCUAGAAAAGCAGGUCAGCUCUCCAGAAAGUAGGCAAGCUAAAGUGGGAAGGAGUCAGAGAGAAGUACCUGAUGCGAACAGUAUGAAACUGCAAGAAGCUAGAGAAGCCUGUUUAGAUACAGAACAACCAGCCAGCCAGCAAAGCUUGGAAUCCAUGGCUACAAAUACCAGCUUCCCUGAGGAGGUCAGCCCUGCCUCGACUGUUCAGGAAGAGCCAGGGGGCAUUGGUCUGAAGCAGGACACAGCUUCCUGCUCCCAGAUGUACCAAUCACAUCUCAACAUGGCACCCCAAAGAUCAAAUGCCAAAGUCAUCCUGCCACCCAGAAAGGUGGGCAAAAAGGGGACCAGUCUCGUCACAGGUGAGUUUGUCCAUGCUCAGUUUGUCCCUGGAGAAGCCCACCUGAUGAGGUUGAAAGGAAGCAACCCCAAAGCAAAGGCUAUGAAAGCCAAGAGAAGGAACAGUGAUAAGGUGCUGAGGCUCGGGAAGCAGCAACCACUGUUAGCAGAGAGGCCGCGGGGAAUGCAUGUAGCAUCCCGACUGCCUGCAGAGUGGAACCCUUCUCCUCGGUUUCAUGGGGGAAAGAACCUGGUGAGAAGACCAACAUUUGUUGGGGAGGUGACUGGUCGGUCCUGCUCUGAGUCUAGCCUCUUCCCUGUGCAAUUUCUUACCCCCAAAGUUGUGUCCCGACCUGAACUUUACCCAGCCUCAGCACAUCCUUUGUACUCCUUUGAAGCAGCUCAGCUCAAUCUGGUAGCCAGUGGGGGUGCCAGAAAGAAGCAGAGGAAGUGGCAGUCCACUGUGGAGAUCUCAGCCAAGACCCAUCUGACAAGUUUUUCCACUGACCCCAGCCUAGCCCUGCCCAGACCACCUGGGAGGAGAGCUGGCAUCUUACGGACUGUGAGCUCCAGGUCCCGCUCCAAGAUUCCUAGUCACAACACUUAUGCCAAAAGCGAGUCAGACCACUCGGAGUACUCAGCUGAGUGUGCCUCCCUCUUCCACUCCACCAUUGUGGAAACCAGUGAAGAUGAUGUCAGUGACUACACUGCCAACUGCUUUGGGGAUAGUGAAUCGGGGGACAGUGACUCAGAUGGUGCCUGUCGGAGCAGUGAGAGCAGUCUCACGCUAGACUAUGAAGAGGCUGUUGGGAGUGAGCUGAUCUGGCCCAAGGCCAUUGUCCAGCAACCAGUAAAGGGGCAGGCUGCCUCCAAGCCCUCUCAUCACCCAGUACCCAAAAUUUGCCGCAUCAAGGCCUCUAAGGCCCUAAAGAAGAAGAUUCGGAGAUUCCAGCCAGCAUCUCUAAAAGUUAUGACCAUGGUGUGAACUAAAAUGAAAAACAAAAAGUGUCCCAACAGAGACCAGAUUGACUUUAGAACAAGAUAGGUUGGGGUUCUUUAAACAAAAAUAACAUUUUUGAUAGACUAGAAAUGAGCCCCUCUUCCCUCUAAAAAAAAAAGGCCAAAGGACCUUUUACUUUGCUAAUAUUGGUGUAAAUAGCAACGUGUGUAAUUUCUUUAUCUUUCCACUGGAUAUCAUUAUACAAAUAUGAAUUUGUAUCAUCUCGCCCAUUUGACUCUGUCUUCAGAAAUCUUUAGAUAGGAAAUCUCCUUAAAACCAGAUGAUACAACUAGGUUCUGUAUGGUGAGUGGUAAGGUAAAUGGUGAAUAUCAUUACCUACUCUGCCCUGAAGUAUAAAAUUUCAGGACCCAUUCCCACACCAUUUCAUCACCCAAACCAGUUUCUUUUCCCUAUCUUCUACUAUUUAGAUCAAGUCAGGGCUCAUACAUUUCUCUUCAAGCCUCCUUUUUCCUUGAGUUAUAGCAAGGCUGCCUCAGGCUCUCCCUGCUGAGGGCAUAUUUCUCAGUUGUACUUGAUCACACUAGCCAAAGAUUUUUCUUAAGGUUUUUCUUUGUUCUUUUAAAUGAGAAGAAUGGUUUUGAGGAUAGGUAUUAGAAACUGGGUUCCUGAGGCAUACAUAACCAUUCCCCUUCUUAUGCCCUGACCAAACCUUUUCUUGACUUAAUCACCAAAAAGGGAAUAUUUCUUUUAUCUCCCCCCUGGCAUGAGGAAGAGGUCAAAUUCCCUAUUGAUGCAAUAUCAUUUUGAGUUUACAAAGGAAAAUCUAUCUCAGGAGAUCUAGAAUCUAACUUCAGUGGACAAAAGUUGGGCAUAAAAUAUAUUUUUAAACAGCAUCACUGUCUUUAGUAUUAUUAUUUUCACAAAAGUCUUUCAGUGUUGGUUUUUUCUCUUUAGAGGUGGAGUGGAUGAGAGGGAGGUACAGAUUUUUCCAUUGCAAACUUCUCAUUAAGAAUCACAUCAUUUUGUUUUUAUAAAUUUUUUCCCAGGGAGAUCUUUUGGGCCACCCAGCAACCCAUUGUGAGUUAGGGGGAAAGAAAAUUCUAGCAAAAGGCUGAUUUGUCCAGGUCAAAAAGUGAUGGAACUAGAAAUCUGCUUAGCCCUAGGCCAAAUGUACACUUGACUGGAGUAAUUUGAAGAAUUCAGAUAAGAAGACAACAUUAAAAUAUUACUUGAUAAUGACCUCUAUACCCUCUUGCUUCAGAAGUUAAAUAGUCAUGUUUCAAUUACAUAGUCCAGGAUGUAGUUUAAGAAGCUUAACAUUUUAGAACAAAACAUUUUUGUGGCAAGUAGAGGAAAGCUAAUGUUUCAAAUGGCAAUACCUAGGAAUAAGGUGUUUCCUUUGGGGAUAAAGUGUCUGAAAAGUAUAAACAUUUUAAAGGUUCUAGGGUAAGCUUUGAAGUUCAAACAUUCAAUCUGACAGACUGAAGGAUUCACACCUUUCCUUAAUGAAGUAGGCUUACCUGUGCUAAUGAGUUCUUUGGCAUCAACCUUCAGGAAGACAGUAUUAAAAGAACUCUCUUUGGAGGGUCUUAUUUUGCCUAUUUUAUACACAAUUCCUAAUCCUCACAACAGUCUUGUGACAAUGGUAUGAUGAAACUAUUAUACUCGCUUAGCAUUUUGGAGCUCUGAGGUAUACUUGGCUUAAGAGAUUCCCCUCCCUGCAUCCCCACCAAGGUCAUUCAGCUAAGGUAGGGUGGAACUCCUGAGAAUGACGGAGUCUGUAUUCUUCCCUUUUCUGAGUUCUAGCUACUGCAUCCUCUAUUCAGUGCUUAAAGAAGCUGGCUUCAAAAUCUCAUUUAACAAAGCUAUUCUUUAUUUUGAAUAUUAUAUAUAACAUUUUGUAAUAUUUUCUCUCUCUAAAGUGUUUUACAUAUAAUACCUUCAAGUUGCUUCCUUCUCCUUAUAUCCUUGUGAUAAUAAAGCAUGCAUCUAUCUUACAGAUAGAGGGACCCUUUGGAUUUUAAAUGCCUUGCCAAGAACAUGGUGAAUCAGAAUUGAAUGAAGCUAGAUUUAGACUACAGAGUUUGGUUUUCAAUUCUGAGUAGUCAGAAAGCACUAUGCUGGGAUUUCCUGAUAAGCCUCCAAUUUGAUAGCAUGUAGUACACUUCAGGUACCUGGAACAAUGACAUGAACAGCCCAGAAAAUUAGGAAGUAUCAUAGAAUUUGGAAGAAAUUGAGUUAGGAAAGUAAAUGGUUGGUAAUGAAAGGGAUUUUAAAGGUGAAGCCCCAACACUUCCUUUUAUAAAGUUGACAGUGAUAAAAGGUAAUUAUGUACAUACUAAAAACUAACUAGAAUAGGGAGUGAUACUAAAUGUGUUGGAGGGAGAUUUCACAUUGAAGAACUAGUAGUCCUUUUGAAGUAUUAAAUAAGAACUAAAGCUCAGACCUUCUAGUCCAGGGACCUACCAUUUACAGUCAAUUUAGUUUUGGGACAAGUAAGAAAAAUGAUUUUCUCAAUCCUACAACUUCUUGUGCUUCUUGAGAUUCCUGAUGUCCAAUAAUAGGAUUGUUAUUUGUCAGCAUGAGAAGGAUAGGUUAAUUAAAUCUGUAGGGCUGAUGCUUACUUUUAGGAUUAGCAUUUUAGAUUCUAGAUGUAGUUUGUAUCUAAUCAAGACCAAAAAAUGUGAAUGUAAGCUGCAAGUUCCAAUCAAAUUAUCUAGUUCUCAUAAAGUUCUCAAACUUUAUAGUCACAGGACCCUUUUAAACUCAUAAAUUUAUUAGAGAUGCCAAAAAGUUUUUUAUAUAGAUUAAAUCUUUUGAUAUUUACCAUAUUAGGAAUUAAAACUGAUCAAUUUUUAAAAUAGUAAUUCAUUUAAAUUUCAACGAAUCAACCUAUUACAAGUCAGCAUCUUAAAAGAUUUAAUAAGCUUCGUGGUGAUGGAUUAGUUUGCAUUUAUAUCACCUGCCUCAUAUUCACAUCUAUUCUCCAAAGAAAAGAAAAAAAUAAGAGAUAUGCAGAUGCAAAGUGAAUAAAAAAUGGACUCAAAAUCAAGAAGAUAUGGGUUCAAAUUUGACUUCUGAAGUCUAGUAGCUAUCUGACAGAAAGCAAGUCAGUUAACUAGUCACUGCCCUAGGCUACUACUCUAAGGCUAUAAAUUGCAGAGAAGGUGCCAGCCCUUCAUUGGGAGAGAAAUUUUUCUCAUGGGGAACUCCCUCUACCAAUGAAAUCACAGGAUCAAUCCUUAUCCUUACCUUGUACUCACUAGCAUAAUUAUCCAAUCUGUUUUUCUAGCUCUUGCAGUGGAUUUAAAGCUCAAUAAAUAACCACCUCCUCAAUUCUUCUUUAAGUUACACUGGAGUUCUCUCACCUGUGUAGGUAUCUUGGGCACCACUAACAACACCUAGUGUUGGUAAAACUUAGUCCUCUAUUAGAGUGAGGCAUGAAAGAAAAAAGCCUUCUAUAAGUAUUAAACAAGUCAAGCUAAGACAGUUAUCAAGCUUAAGCUACAGGAAUUACAAAUAACUAUUUAAAAGAAACAACGAAUUACUUGCUGACAAAAUAAGCAAAGUACUUCCUGGGUCUUUAAAAAUCCUUUGGCUAUUCUGAUACUGUAACAACUCUAAUUUAGAAAUUUCCCAAACAGCUUAAUCUGGAAGAAACUUUCCUCUUUACAGAAUGGCUCAUCAUUAUGUAGUAUGGAUCUCUGCCAAUGAAACAAUUCAUCCAAACAUUACAGAGAGCAGAAGCCUGGUAGAACACCAUUAAUGGUUUCCCAGGUAUUCCACUCAGCCACAUCUCUGUAAUAAGGUCAAAGGAUAGCCCAACUGAAUGAAAUCCUAAGCUAAUCAAAAAACUCACUUCAACUUCUGGCUGUCUCUUUCCCCCCUAUAUUAAAUAGUUUAUGAUAAAAAAUAUUUCUCAUUCUAUCAAACUCAGUUUUUUGAAGUCAUGCCUGGAAUCAAUUGCUCAAAUGAAAGUAGUAUUAACUCAGCUCCUACAAGGUGUGAGGCACUAUGAUGAGUGCUGGAGACACAAAGAUAAAAAUGAAACUGUCCCUAUCCUAAAGGAAUGUAUAUCCUGGGGGAUAUUAGUGAAGAAUAAGAAGUCAAGUCAGGAUUUCUUAAUCAUUUACACUGGAUGAGGACCGAUUUAAUGACUAAGGAUACACAUGUGAGCCAAGCCCAGCUCUCAGAGAGCUCAUGAAGGAGACUGUAUGCAAACACCUUUGUAUAAAUUACAUAUACAACAUAAAUAGGAAGAUGAAGUUAAGGAAAGGAUUUUGGAAGGAGGUAAGAUGAAGCUGAGAUGAAGGAAACCAGGGAAGCCAAGAGACAAAUCAGGAAAGAGGGCUUUCCAGGCAUGAAAGACAACCCGUGAAAAUGUCCAGAGUGGUGAGAUGGAGAGUUGCGAAUGACAAACAACAAGAUCAUUGUUGCUGGACUCCAGGAUAUGCGGAGAAGAUAUGGCUUAAGAAGAAUGAAAAGGUAGAAAAAGGGCAGGUUAUGAAGGGCUUUUAAAGUCAAAGGUUUUUAUAUUAGGUUGUAGAAGGAAUAGGUAUCCAAUGAAUACAAAUAUCAGUGUAUACAAGAUACGUACUAAGUGGAUGUAUCUAGAAAGGUGAUAAAAGAUCAUUAGAGACUGAAAAUCAUUAAGAAUAGGAAAGCUUUCUGUGGACAAUAGCACAAACUGAGUUGGCAGAAGCCAAGGAUUCCAAAAUAAGAGGUGAAGGUGAAGAGAGAGGACUUUAGACAUGUUUGAGGUGCUAAAAUGUUUUGAAUGAUUAGUAUUAAAGCUUUUGUGACUUAAUUAAAAAAUUUGCUAGGGCAAAGACAUUAACAGAUAGAACAUUAUGACAAGUGGCAAGUAGGCAAUAUUGUGGGACUGUAGAGUAUGAGCAGGGUGAGGAAGGGAAUAAUAUGAAAGAAGAUUGAAAAGGUUGAUGAAGCUAGGUUGUGAAAGAUUUUAAAUGCCAAUCAGAGGGGUAACAUACAUUUUGCAUUCUCGGAAACUGUGUGAUUUCUGUGAAUACCAACCUACACAUUAGAUCUAUGGCAUUUCUAUGUUGAGGGGGUCUUAGAGAUUGGUAGUAAAACAACUUGCCCAAAGUAACAAAGGAAGAAAUGAACAGAGCCAGAAUUUGAAUUCAGGUCCUCUGACCUCAAGUCCAUUGUUCUUUCCAGUACCAUGCUCUCUCUCUAACCCCUUGAUUUUACAGGUGAUGAAAACAGAGGUUAGAAAAGCAGUAACUUUUCCAAGUUCUCAUAGUAGAGAUGGAGAUUGAAUUAAUAUUUUCCAACUUAAAAUCUAGUCCUGACUAAUGGAAAUUUACCUUGGAGCUUAUUACCUUUGACUACUUGUAAGAAUUACUAUUAUUGCUAUGUAAGAGAAAUCUUCAUGUGUUUCCAGUUACUUCAUCCUCUGACUUCCUCCCAACUUCUUUACCUUUAUGAUAGUAGCUGACAUAAAAAUACAUUGCCAGCAUCAAGGUAAGGGCCUUCAGAAAUCUGUUCCCUACUAGUAUAUAUUCAAAUGACUAAAUCCAAAAGUAGUCUUAGAAAUCAUCUAGUCCAAUCCUACAUUUUACAAAUGGGGAGAUGUAAGUCCAGAGAUUUAGUAGGAACAGACAAUCCCUGGAAGGAAACUUAUCUAUAGUCACACAGGCACCAAAUAAAUGUCUAAGGCAGAUUUUGAACCCAAGUCUUGUUUGCCAGCAAAUACAGUAAGCUCUCUAUUACAAAAAGCUUGUUCUCAUUAUAAUGUGUAUUCUCUCUAAGCACCAAAGCCAGAAUUUGAACCUAUGUACUUUGGCUUCAAAUGUAUUACUCUUUCCAGUGCUAUCUUCCAAGGUCUCUUUUUACUCUACAGUCUGUGGCACUAUUGUCUUUUCCAUGGCCAACAGGUUUGGAGGUCCUACUAGGGCAGCCAUUCAAAUUUGUUUCUUAGAAAAGCUCUUACAUUUGGAUGGCAAGUAACUGGCUUAUAUCCUUGCAUUUUCAGCUGUUGUUGACUAUUUAUACUAAGCAAAGCCUAAUUCCCAGUCAGGAUAAUCAAUGACUAACCAAUAGCCACUUCUAAAUCCUUAAUAUGCUAGAUACUUUGGGAGGCACAAAAUUGGCCUUAAACAAGAUGUUUGCCUUUAAGAAGCCUAGAGUCUGAAGAAGAUAAACCUAAGGUAAAAUAGCAAAAGCAAUAUCCAGCUAAUAUUUACUGAGAGAUUCAAGUCAAUAUAUGAUAAAGGACCAAAUUAUAUGGAAUUCCUUCCAAAAUAACAAAUAUCUGGGGUAGAAAAGGCAGGUAGAUGGCUCAGUGAAUAGAGUGCCAAGUUUGGAAUCAGGAAGAUCUGGAUUCAAAUCUGGCCUGUAGUGCUUAUUAACUGUGUGACCUUGGGAAAAUCACUUAACUCUGUGCAUCAGUUUCCUGGAGAAGGAAAUGGCAAACCACUCCUGUGUCUUUGCCAAGAAAAUGUCAAAAAAGGAUCAUAAAAAGACUCUACUGAAACAACUAAAUAAUAAUCAGGGUGAGAGAUCAUAUAGAAAUAGUGUUCAUGGGGGCAGCUGGGUGGCUCAGUGGAUUGAGAGUCAGGCCUAGAGAUGGGAGGUCCUAGGUUCAAAUUUGGCCUCAGACACUUCCCAGCUGUGUGACCCUGGGCAAGUCACUUGACCCCCAUUGCCUAGCCCUUACCACUCUUCUGCCUUGGAGUCACACAGUAUUGACUCCAAGACAGAAGGUAAGGGUUUAAAAAAAAAAGAAA